GCACCUAUUUGUUUUCAUUAUAGAUGCCACUUGGGUGUGUGCGUUUUUUGUAAAAUUGAAUUACUAACGCUGCGCAAACUCCCAGAUCCGGAACAUCAAAGAACGCGAGUCCUACAGCAUCCAGCAGCAUGCGCGAACUCAACAAACAGCAAUCGCAGGACACCACAGACUACGUGGAAAAGGGUGACUAUCCCCGAGCCACCAAUGGAGUCGUCUUCGGAGCCCUCAUCAGCUUCGCUGGCUUCUUCGCCCUGAUGAUGUCUUUCUGUUCGCCGUAUUGGAUCGAAUCUUACGAGGAGACCCGCAGCAGCUUCAAAAACAUGGGUCUCUGGCAGUAUUGCUUCAAGGACUUUGUGUACCCCAAGUACCAUUACCCCAAGGCCUUUACUGGAUGUCACAACAUCUUCUCGCAUGAGUACUAUGUGAUCCGUGAGUACCUGCUGCCCGUUUGGCUCAUGGCGGUGCAGGGCUUUGUUACCAUGUCAUUCAUCAUUGUGAUGCUCGUCCUUACUGUGUUGUCGCUGACCAUAAUUCGGCUGCCUUUGAAGCCCGUCCUCCAGUACGAGUGGUUGCUGGUGCGUCUCUCCUACAUUGGGACCGCCGCCUCCUCGCUGUUUAUGUUCUUGGCCGUGUGCAUCUUCGGUGGAUGCGCCUACCGACGUGACUGGCUCAUGUACCCCAAGUUCAAUGUUCUGGGCUGGUCCUACGCCCUAGCCGUCGUCACCUUUAUUCUACUUGGCCUGGCCGCUCUGGUACUGCAUCGUGAGGCCAGGAAAGCAUUUGACGCCCGUGGUGAGCAGAAGAACCUCGUCAUGCAAAUGGAGAUGCAGGAGCCGGGAUAUCAGCCGCCUCGUCAUCACCAUAGCCAGUCUCGCAGCCUGCAAGGCUACAUAUAAUUCGAAUAAUACGAAAUAUCACGAACACAGGUCAAGAACAGCAUCCAAGCCUUAUCCUCUCUAGACUUUGAGUAAGAGGAACCAGAAUAUUAUGCCGAAGUCAAAAUUAUCCUUGAGGAAAAAAAGUUCGAAUAUGUCGACCUGUGUAAUUCGCAUUCCAUCCAUUUGUCUAAGUAGUCGUCAGAAUCUUUGUAACUAAUGUAACUAAUUCCGCCCAAAAUGCCUUUAAUAAUCUUACAUUUCGACCACACUUUUAGUGUAAAAUUAUACCGAUUUUUAUAUUCACUUAUUAUAUGACUUUUAAAUUAUAUAUGGCUUUAUAUGUGAGCUCAUAAGAAUACACAAAUAAA